AUGGGCGCUCGUCAUGCGCUACUGGUACCACCCGCCAAUACUGCCGCGGCUGGUCUCUCAGCUGAUGAUGAUGAUGAUAUUAUCAGCAAAGAUGUGGUUGAUCGCGGGUUUCUAACCAUAGAAGAUGCUGAAUGCUUCCUCUCCACGUUUAAAGUGAGAAUGAUCGAGCAUUUCCCAUUCGUUGUGGUUCCCCAGCCCACAAUGGCAGAGCAACUUCGCCGGGACAGGCCGUUCCUCUUCCUCUCUAUCAUCUCGGCGGCAUCUUACUCAAACAUGCCACUACAACGGAAAUUGGGAGAGGAAGUCAGGUCAGCUAUUGCCUCGCGGAUGAUCGUCAACGGAGAAGUUUCCUUCGAUCUGCUGCAAGGAUUGCUGGUUUAUCUAGCUUGCCUCAUUAUCGAGAUGCGGUUGGAUAGACCGCCGCAGACGAAAGUAUGGAAAUCAGGGAUCCGAUUCAUAUCAAAUUACGACCCGGACGAUGAUACUUUUACUAGACCGUCAUUCGGCCGUGAUGAACAUGAUACUUUUACUAGACCGUCAUUCGGCCGUGAUGAACAGAGGGCUGUCGCAGGUUGCUACUAUCUAUCCUCGACAAUCUCCGGACUUUUGCAAAAACAGCUCACCUUUCCAUAUACCGCUUACCUCGAAGAAUGCUGCAAAUCUGUUUACGAUGCGGCUGAGUACCCGUAUGACAAAUCCAUCCUCUACAUCGUUCAGCUCCAGCAUAUUGUGGAAAAAAUCAAUCGUAUAACCUUUCAGCACGGGAUGGAGCUGAAGAACUCUGGGUCGGCGAUGGAGCUAUAUGUCUCAAGCUUGAAAUCUGAGUUAGAGGCAUUCCUUGUCCGGUCAGGGUUUACUUCAGCAGACGAGACAACACUUACUAUUAUGCAGUUCCACACCGCUGAGCUUUCUCUCUACCAGUUGAGCCUGCUGGACAAACGUAGACAGCAAUCUGGAUCUAUACAGACUACGCUAUCGGAUGAUAUGUUAUACGCAGGUGGCAUGGCGGCACGAUCUAUACUUGAACUUUAUCUAUCGCUGCCGCCUCGCUCAGAAACCGGCUUCAAUAACACUGAAUGGGUUCAGAUUGGAUUUGCUUUGAUUGUCGCCUGUAGGCUAGCAAGCACCGCCCAUGCAGCUGAACCGGCAGUUUUCCGCCGACACACGGAAUCUCUCUCAAAUACACUGACAAAGUUAAAAAUGCGGGUAUCGGAACUAUCCACGGAUACGGUCGAUUUGAAUGGAGAUAAGGACGUUUUCACAAAUUAUGUCGAUCGUGUUGCUCGACUUCAAGUUUGGCUGGAUACAAGACUCGAGAAAACAGGCUCCUCUGAUAUUAUUAACAAUACUGCCUCGGGAGAACUGCGAACAAUAGAGGGCACCCCCAGUUUAGAAAAUCAACCGUUAGCAGCUGAUGCCUCGGGAGUUAUGCACGAUUUUUCGCCUUCUGACCUAUUUGCUACUAUGGCGAAUGGCUAUCCUUCGAUAGAGGAGGAUGAUUUCGCUUACACUAUAGAUCAAAUGUUGGUGGAGGAGAACAAACCCGUCCGUCUCUUGAGUGAGCUCUAUAUCUCCGACCCGACCUUGUGUGUAUAUAUUGAGCGAAUAGGGCCAGCAUUCCCUGAGUUCAGAUUGGAUACGGGCUCUGAAGUACUAACCUCCGCUCUCAAGAACCUUACGAAGGCGUUCGAUAAACUAGUUCUCGAAGGGAACGGGGAUCAUGGGGAGAUCUUUCCUAACACUACUUCUUUCAGUUUAUCAUUGUUCUCCGUUAACGAAGGCAACGCAAGCGACCAGCCCUAUUUCUUUGAUUACCACUACACGGCGCCACCCUUGAAAUCUCACCCUGUGGGGAAAGAUACUAUCUAUCGCAUCGGCGGUUUGACUGAGAUUUUCACCGUUUGGACUAUUCUGAUCGAAGCAGGAGACCGCAUCUGGAAUACCCCUGUAACAGAGUACAUCCCUGAACUAGCUGAUGCUGUGAGCUACCGCAAUGGAAAACAAGAUCCAGUGAGCUACGUUGACUGGGAGACUAUUACGGUUGGUCAGCUCGCAAGUCAUAUGGCCGGAAUUUCCAGGGGUUCUUCGAUGCCCGAUUUGAGCAAACAAUCUGCAUUCCCUUUCGCCGAUCUACCACCUUUUCCGGCCCCUGAUACUCCUCCCUGUAUUUCGAAAUCCUCAUGCAACAGAACUGAAUUCUUCGAGUAUAUUGUUCAACAACCUCCCGUUGUCCUCUCAGGAACUACACCUAUCUAUUCCAACGACGCAUUUCGAAUUUUAGGAUAUAUCGUGGAGUCCAUUGCUGGAAAGCCGUUUGCGUCUGUACUUAAUCAACGCAUUCUUGAGCCUCUCAAACUAGGAAAGACAAGUUUACUCUUAUCUGAAGACCCGUCGCCAAGGGUGCUCCCAGCGGAUACGAAUAGUCAUGGAUGGAUGCAAGGUGGAGCAGAGGCAGCUGCAAUUUCAAUGCUCUCCACUGUUACCGAUCUCGCCGUUGCUGGAAAAUCUAUUCUGGCGGCAGCCCUCCUCUCGCGCGCCCAAACCAACCGCUGGCUGAAACCCGUUGCCCACACUUCAAACCCUGCAAACUCAGUAGGGUAUCCAUGGGUUAUAUAUAGUGCGGGAGACUAUCCCGACACACCGAUAAUAGACGUGUAUACGACUCUUAGCACCGUUGGCUUGUAUAGCUCAUAUAUUGGCCUUGUUCCCGACUUCAACGUUGGAUUUACUAUCCUAGCUACAGAUAGUAACACGAGCCCAGAUCUCAAUCCCCAUACUGGUGUUAUCGGCGACAACUUGUUGCCAGCCUUGACCAAGAUUGCGGCCAUCCAAGCCAGCACAAAUUUUGGAGGACUCUACUCUUCACAUAAAGCAAACUCGUCCAUCACUGUUUCUGCGGAUAGCUCGCCAGGUCUAGUUAUUGAUACAUGGAUCAGCAACGGCACUGAUUUCCGGGCGACAUUGGCCGCCUUAAAUGGUGUUGAGGAGGUUGAUGCAUUGAGCAUACGGCUUUAUCCAGCACAUCUUAUCUCCAAGCGAACCCCUAUAUCGAGACAAGCCUUCAGAGCAGUCUUCCAGGACAAGAAUGAGUUCGCUGAUUAUGGGACUCCUACCUGUGUGACUUGGCUGAGCGUUGAUAGUUUGAAGUACGGAGGAGCGUCGCUUGAUCAGCUUAUAUUCGAGGUGGACACCGAUGGGAAAGCUCUGGAUGUUGAAAUCCCGGCGUUACAGAUUACACUUGAAAAGCAGAAAUAA